AAAGUGGCCAACUUCACGGCCGUAUUGUUUUGUUUGUUUUCAUCCUUCCUCUUUCCUGCCGUUGUGCGUGCUGUUCUGUUCAAGCAUGCUUCUUGGUUUCUAAAUUUUGUAUUUUAAUUAUAAAAGAUUUAGAGUUUUGACGAGCUGAAAACUAAAACGAAAGAAACUUCUGCAAAUUGAUAUUCUCAUCUGAUUUGGUCGCUGCGGAUCGUCUCAAAGCCCUGCUCUUCGGUGCAAAGUUGAUCAUUUUCUCAAGAUUUUCGAGUGAAGGUCUCUAACAAUAAGUAAGGAAAAUGGAGAGGGCAAUCAAUGUUGCUAAUCUGGAAACCAUCAAAUUUGAUGUGAUGGGUAGAAGCGCUGAAGACACAGAUUUUCAUGGAAUCAGAACUCUGCUGAGCUCACAAUUGCUGCCACAUACUGAUGUUGACGUGGGAAAUUUCACAGACUUGAUCAUUGAGCAAAACUAUGUGGGCAGCGUUAUCGUCGAGGACUGCGAUUCAAUGCCAGGUGACGACGAUGAUGAUGAUGACAUGGAGGAGAUCAUCUUGCUCGGAGUGACAACCGCUGUGUGUCUUCAAGAGCGGGAAAGGUUCUCCUGCGUCAAGCAGCUGCGAGAGCUGCUCCGAUCUCUGUCUGAAAAGCACGGAGGGAACAGCAAGGUCAUUGAGGACCUUCUUGCCGAGGAUCCCUGCAAGUUAGGCCUUUUGGUGAAUGAGAGAUUUGUCAACAUUCCACAAACGAUAGCGCCGCCUAUCUUCAACAGUCUAAGAAAAGAGCUUCGUUCUGCUGUCAACAAGAAAAUGGCUUUCUCAUUCUCCCACUAUGUGCUAAUUGCAAAGAUCAACAAGGUCAAAAUUGACAACGAGAUUGUAGACGAGUGGGUCAACCAAGAAGAGGAGUUCCUUGAUGACAAAGCUGUUUGUAAAUUUGAAUUUCCACUUGAGCAAGGUGACGACUCGUCUAUAGAGGAACAGUUGCGGAACACCGAAGUUGUUCCAUUCAGGCGAGUCCUUGUAUUUACUUCGGAAGCAUUUGAGCAUUUGGUUGACUCAAUGAGAACUGGUGAAUAAAAAGCCAAUUUCAAAAUA